AUGGGAAAAACUAAAAAAUCUCUUAAAAGAAAGCAGCCAGAACCUGAAAGUGAUGAGCAGGAUGUAGAAGAUGUGAUUGAGGAAAGUAAGAAAGAAGAAAAAAAGAAGUUGGAUUCAGACACCUCAGAUCUUGAUGAUGAUUCAGAUGAUGAGGAAGAGAAUGGAAGCUUCCUGAAAUAAGUUUUUGUUUCUGGAAUUCCAUAUGAAUGUACUGAAGAAGAAAUAAGAGAGUUCUUUAAGACUAUUGCAGAUAAUAUAGUAGGAUAUGCCCAUGUUUCAAUAAAAACUUAAAAAGCAUAUGAUCAGGCAUUAGCAAUGAACAAGCAGGUACUUAAAAACAGAUACCUUGAAGUUAAAGAGGCUGAAGGUCAAAAGUAGGGCUUGUCUAAAGAUUAAGUCAAACAACUUGCUGAAGGUAUGCCUACAGAUUGUAAGACUCUCUUUGUGAAAGGACUACCAUAUGAGUUUAGAGAGGAUGAUAUUGGAGAUAGAUUCCGUAAGUUUGGAGAAAUUAAGUCUAUCAGACUUUCAUAUAAUUGGUAGACUAAGGCUUUCAAGGGAUUCGCUUAUAUUACAUUUGCUGCACAUGAAUCUGCAAAGAAAGCACUUCUUGAGAUGAAUGGAAAGGAAGUUAAAGGUAGACCUAUUAAAGUUGAUUAUGAUGUCCUUUAAGAGCCUAAAGGAGGCUAUAAAGUUAAUCUCAGUACAGACAAGAACAGACUAUAUAAUAAAGAAAUAGUUAAGGAAGAACUUAAGAAAAGACACAAAAAGGAAAAGGAAAAGACUAAGGAUAGCAAACCAAAAAAAAGCAUUAUUUGA